CUGGAUGACUUGGAAAAAUGUCUGGUUCCAUUGACUUCCAUUAAAAGUGAACUGAACGUCACGAAACCGCCAAUGAGGCCGAGGAAGCCGAACUGGUCGACGGAGCAGAAGCUGCUGCUGGUGCAGCUGGUGAAGGCAAGGAGAGAAGAUCUGCUGACCGGCAGACACUCUUGUCGAGAGAUUGCCACCAACAGGAGGUGGGCGUGGGACGAGAUAGCCGAGGAAAUCUCCACCGCUCACCCUGACGUCCCACGCACGGGGAAGGAGUGCGAGAGACACUGGUUUGUAGAGCUCGCCAAGGCCAAAGAGCUGAUGCUGACGCACAGAUCACACACAGGCCACAUCAGUCCAGUUACUAAGGUCGUGCUUGAAAUUCUCAAACUACAGAGAAAAGAGGCUGAUUUUAAAGACAGGACUGAAGAAGACAAUACAACCUUUGAAGAAGAAGAAGAACCACAGGAGGAGAUGAAGUAUGUUCCAACUGCGAUCACUCCCAUCAUAAACAUUGAGCUGCCCGUCAACCACACGAAUGACAUGAGCAGGCUGGAAAAUGCUCCCAUGAGUCCUCCGUGCUCGCCCUCACCCUCUGCAGAGAAGAGAGAUCUGGAGAUAUCGGUUCUUCGCCGGCAGGAACGUGUGUUACAGUUACAGGAGGAGUACUACUCCCUCAAAAUCAAACACCUCAAAGCACGGAUGCUGAUGGACCUUUGAUGGGAAAGCUCUUCCUGAUGGAAAAAGACUCUUUUUUUGCCUUAAUAAACACUAGUUUAGAAAUCUUAGGACCGGACUGCUGAACCAAAAGACAUGCGUUAGGACUGUGGUUCGUUUGUUCUAUGUAGCCUUCUGCUGGAUUCAGGCCCUGGAGCUGCAGUGUUCUGGCAUAGGAAGUUCUCAGACAUGACACCUUUCCACCAGUAGAUGGCAAGGUGGUAACUCUAUAUUCUCACUCAAAAUGCUGUACAUAGAAGUAGAAAAUCCAGGCAGGGACUGUUGUCGCUGUUAUCCGAACUGAGACCUGUGCUUGCUGCCUGUUUAGACCUAUAAGUAGGAUUUGAAUGUUAAAGAAUUAGUGCUAUAUGUUUAGUUUUUCAUGGAUGAGUUUAAACUCAGAGCUCCAGGUGGGAAUGUGAGACUCAAGGCCAGUUUUUGAGUUGUACACUGAUGUGCAUUUGCCAUUCAUGAUGACUGUUUUUAAUUGGGACUUUUAAUCUGACUUACUUAUGAAAGCACAUGAUGCAAUGUUUGAUCCAUUAGUUGAUCAGUAGGCCUGGGUGAUAGGGUGAUGAACGGUGCAUCAAAGGCCAUAAUCACCAUUUCAGGAAAGAGAACAGCGGCUGUAUUACAGAAACUUUCUCUCUUUUUGUCCUAAGAAAGGAUAUGACGGGUCAAGAUAAGAUUUUUCACAAAUUCAUAUCACUGAAGCAAAUCUGAUCUUAAUUUAGGGUUUUAUCUGGUCUUACAGAAUCUUAUCUCCAGUUAAUAAAUCUUAACCUACUCGUUCAAAGUCA